AUGGCCACGGCCCUCGGCAAGGCUGGAGCGCUUGUUAUUCUCAUCGCUCGUCGACCCGAGCCGCUGCAGGCCACUGCUGAGCACCUCUCCAGUCUAGGAAUUCAAGUCACGGCCCUUGCGAUGGAUGUUGGAGAAAGCGAGGCCAUCCGAAGUUGGGUGCUCAAUGCCGCCGGGAUCAACCCGCGGCCGCCCCUGGACGAGCUGACACAAAGCCAAUGGGACCAUGUGCUUGCUGUCAACUUGGCAGCCACGGACCGUCCAAGGCUGGACUCGUCGGUAACCGGCCAGGCAAUUUUUGUAGACGACGGUUACUCAUCAACUUGA